AGCUCGACCAGCAACAUGAUGAUGAUUUUGGGCUACUGGGGCAUCCGAGGGCUUGCACACAGCAUCCGCUUGCUACUAGCAUACACAGACACCCCCUUUGAAGAUAGGUUUUACAGCUGUGGAGAAGACCCCGGCUAUGACAAGAGCCAAUGGUUCAAUGAGAAGGAGAAGCUGGGCCUGGACUUCCCUAAUCCUCCUUACCUAAUUGAUGGCAAGAACAAGCUUACACAGAGUAAUGCCAUUCUCCAGUACAUUGCGUGCAAACACAAGCUCUGUGGAGAUGUCAGUGUGGAUAUGCUGGAGAAUCAGGUGAUGGAUUUCCGCAUGAGCCUCGUGAUGGUCGUGUACAAUCCUGAUUUUGAGAAACUAAAACCUGGGUACUUGGAGCAACUGCCAGGAAAGCUGAAACUGUUAUCAAAGUUCCUGGGGGACAGAAAGUGGUUUGCUGGGGACAAGAUCACCUUUGUUGACUUUCUCAUGUAUGAUGUCCUUGACCAAAACUGCAUGUUUGAACCCAAGUGCCUUGAUCAGUUCAAGAACCUUCAGGAUUUUGUCUCCCAUUUUGAGGCUCUGGAGAAGAUGAAAUCCAGCCGCUUUAUGAAGACUCCCAUUAAUAACGGGAUGGCUAAAUGGUGUAACAAGAAAGAGUAGAUGAAGAAU